CUCUCUCUCCUCUCUCUCUCUCUCUCAUGGGUGCAUCUUCACUCAAGCCUAAACGCGGCUCAACUCAAGAAGAAGACCCCCCAAACUCAACCACAGCUCUUCUCUCAUGUACCACAGAUUCUUCCUCAACUCCGCCAAAAUCUACCACCACCACCGUCCCCUUCGUCUCUCUCUUCCUCGCCGCCUGCUUAGCUCUUUCCGUCACGGGUGCCUUCGCAUUCCUCUUCUUUUCUUCCUCGCCUUCUCAUUCUCAACUCAACCAAAAGUCCGAACACGUUGCUGAAUUUUCCCGUCCACUCACUAAACUCAGCCACCCAGUUGUUCUUUUGAUCUCAUCCGAUGGGUUUCGUUUUGGAUACCAAUUCAAAACCGAUACACCAAACAUUGAUCGGUUGAUAAAGGACGGAACCGAAGCCGAUGAGGGUUUGAUUCCAGUUUUUCCAUCUAUAACAUUCCCAAAUCAUUACUCCAUCGUCACUGGUCUAUACCCUGCUUAUCAUGGAAUUAUCAACAACUACUUUUUUGAUCCUGACAUUAACGACACUUUCACUAGGACCACUGGGGGUAGUGACCCCAAGUGGUGGUUUGGUGAGCCACUGUGGGAGACUGUGGUAAACCAUGGUUUCAAUGCUUCAGCAUACUUUUGGCCUGGUUCUGAGGCAAGUAAAGGCAAGUGGACUUGCCAGGAGUACUUUUGUAAGCAUUUUAGCGAAUCUGUACCGUUUAAAGAACGAGUGGACACAGUUUUGGAGUACUUUGAUUUGCCAAGUGAUGAAAUUCCUGCGUUCAUGAGUUUGUAUUUCCAGGACCCAGAUUCUCUAGGUCACGAUGUUGGACCUGAUGAUCUUGAAAUCACUGAAGCUGUUGGCACAAUUGAUAGUAUGAUUGGGAGGUUGAUUCAAGGUCUAGAAAAAAGAGGGGUUUUUGAAGACGUUCACAUAAUUUUGGUAGGUGAUCAUGGUAUGGCAGGUAUAUGUGAGAGAAAGAUAAUCUUUUUAGAUGAUUUAGCAAUUCCAAAGGAUUGGGCUGAGUCGGAUUGGGCACUGCUUGGUAUUCGCCCACCGGUCGGUUACCCUCUGCCAGAAAUUGUGGACAAUAUGACUAAAGGAUUGGAAGAAGUCGAGAAUGGGAAGCAUAUGAAAGUUUAUCUCAAGGAGGAUCUGCCCCAGCGGAUGCACUACGCCGGCACUAAUCGGAUUCCACCAAUAAUCGGGUUGCUCGAUGAGGGGUUUAUAGUGACACAAUCGAGACCGGCCGGGGAAGAUUCUUGUGGAGGAGCACAUGGGUAUGACAAUAAGUACUUCUCAAUGAGGUCAAUAUUCAUCGGCCAUGGUCCUAGGUUUCCACAGGGGAAGAAGGUCCAUGCAUUUGAGAACGUUGAGAUUUACAACUUGGUUACAUCAAUCCUCAACAUAAAAGGAGCUCCCAAUAAUGGCACAGAAGGGUUUCCAAAUUAUGUUCUUCUGCCUAGGGUAGCUGUACAUGACGACCGACGGAUACGUGUCGGUUCGGAAAACGUAUUCGACACGUGUCAAGUACCUCGGGGCGAGGGAGUUUGUAAAGCCGAUGGUACGUGAUCUCAAUUAACAGGAUUUUUAGUGACGCCGAGGACACUUGUCUUCAUCUUGGAGUAUUUCAGAAAAGUCCCAUCAGUAACAAUACAUAAUUGGCUCAAAAUUUAACAAUAUAGAACUAGCCUUUGAACUCUAAUCUCGUAAUUUUGUUGUUGUUUCUAUAGUAGUAUUUGAAGUAUCUGUGUAUCAAGUUUGUAUGUGGCGUUGCAAUGAGA